AUGGGUGAAGAAGAGGUCGGGCAAAAGCGACAGAAGGCGGUUGUCCUGGUGCUAAGGGCGGCGGCCUUCCUGGCCACCGCAGCUGCAACCAUUGUGAUGGCACUCAACAAGGAAACCAGAACCUUCGUAGUUGCCACCGUUGGUACGACCCCUGUCACUGCCUCUAUCACGGCUAAGUUCCAACAGACCCCUGCAAAUGUGUUCUUUGUGAUAGCCAACGCAAUGGCUAGCAACCACAACUUGAUGAUGAUUGGUUCCGACCUGCUCGGCCUUGAUUACAGAGGAUUCAAGCUACCCUUAGUAGCCAUUCUAGAUAUGUUAAACGCGGCGCUGCUGUCAGCCGGGGUGCACGGGGCGGCUUUCAUGGCGCAGCUGGCGAAGAACGGCAACUCGCACGCCAGGUGGAACGAGAUCUGCGAUAAGUUCCAAGGUUACUGCAACCGCGGCGGAAUAGCCAUUCUUGCCUCCUACGUCGGGCUGCUGGUGACGUUGGGAAUCACCGUGGUGUCCAUUGUGAAGCUCCUGAAGCCCAAGCCACAGCCCCAACCUCUCGCCUCUGAGAUUGAAGUCCCCUAGAAGAAGAAGAAGAAACAUAGUCUUGUGCCGCCGCCGGUGGCGCCUUUUAUUGCUUCGCCCCAGUUGUGUGUUGAUUAGGUUCUAUAAAGUAUAAACCCCAGGCUGAAUUUCUUUCAAAGUGUGUGUAAAACCAAAACCUUCCAUUUGGCCCCCUUUGUUUUUGGUUUGAUCCAUCUGGCUACGUGAGAAAUGUUGUUGGUGUUUGUAGCUCGAACUGGACACUUUUUUUACUAGGA